AUGAAGGAAGUACCAAGAUCUGAUACUAAUUCGAUUAAUAAUGGGAUGCAGAUGGGGAAUGAAAUGCCAUUGUCAAACGAAAUUAAUUCGAGUAACUCGGAUGUUGUGGAUGAGUAUGAUGUUUGGCUGGUCAGGAAACCAGUUGAGGUUCCUCUGGGUGAUUUAUCUUCAAUUAAAUUUCCUCAUAAACCCAAAAAUCGAGUGCGCGUUGCGUUUCCAUCGAGAUCUGAUGCAUUACCAUUAAACUGUCAUUUUAAUUGUCUCACUCGACCACAUGUUCUCAUACGAACCUCAGACAUGAAAACAGUAGACGACUCUAAACCAUUGACGGCUUCGACAUUUGUGACAGGAGUUGUGGUAGUAAGCAACAGACAUGAUUUAUCAGAUAACAAAGGGAACAGUAGUGCUGAUGAUUCAAAAUCUGUGUUGAAAGUAUUUUCAGCUUUGUUAUUAAACGGUGGAAUGAUGAACUUUAAAAUUAAAUCAAUUCGGAAAAGACCAAAAUUACCAGAUGAUGACAAAAAACAACGCUUAAAACCGUUUGGAAUCAUUCCUAAGCGGAAGAAAAAACGUUAUAAGCUUCCGAAUUUAAUUAGCAAUUGA